UCACGUGACUUUGCAGUGCUGACUAAGCCAAUCUCGGUCUAGCUCCUUGAAGCUUAAGAGGUAAAUUCUUCUAAUCCUCAUGACCGCAGACAGACUUGAAGCCUCACAACUAAUCUGUUCCGCAUACAGACGGACAGAUAGAGAGCCAAGAGUUACACCACUUGCCAGAGCUAUGUGCCUUCGUCAUAGCGACAGUCAUCGGUCUCUGCCGAAGUUGCGGCCCUGAUAUAACUUGUCGGAAGUGUAUCUCCUUGAUGAUUGACGUCCUUGGAAAACCUUUCCGGGAUGAUUCCACGUCGAAUCUGAGGUGGUACAAUAGUCCGCGCCAAUUGAGGUAAUGAGCCCAGAGAUCAGAAAGACCCUGGCGCAGAGACCAGACCAAAAUGACUGCCUUUGCUUGGACAAUACAUAUCACGAGUGGCAUUCUCAACAACUCUUACUCCGCCCAUGUGAGACGAUAUCAAAAUGACGUAGGGAUUGUUUUCCACUAUAUGAUGGAAUGAAGAGCUUACCUCCAGUCGGGUCCUACAGAGGUUCCAUCUUACACUAGGACAGACAGACACGUUUGCUCAGAAGAAACCAAAUCUACCGACUUGAAUCCGCAGGAUAGGUAUCUGGCCGUCUACCAGACAACUAAAUCAGCGGGAAAACUCGUACGAGAACCUCAGACUGCCAUGACGCCCGGCGUGAUCGACGACGAAAGUGUCGACCAAGUCCUCUCCGGCCUCAUCACAGCAUUUCACAUCCUCCACCAACACCAAGUGUUGGACGAACAUGGCCAGAUCUCGGUUCGCAAUCCUCGAGAACCUUCGACCUUCUUCACAAGCAUUGUCCCGGCCAUUCUCAUAUCGUCGAAGAAAGACCUGAACCAGUGGAACGUGACCGACGGGUCUCCUGUUGACGAUCCAUACCCAGACGUCGAAAAAGUCGCCAGGGUCUCCCCGAUGACCGAGAUCUUCGUGCACAGCUCCAUGUACAACAUGUACCCCGGGGUGCAGAGCGUCCUGCACUCCCACUGUCCGACCGCGAUCGUGUACGGUCUCUGCAACAGCUGGACCAGCAUGCUACAGCCGAGCUAUCUGAUGGCCGGCUUUCUCGGUUCCUCGCCCCCGAUCUUCGACACUGCACGAUACUACGACGACCUGCCUGCCUCGCACCCCAAGAACCUCCUCAUAACCACUGGGUACCUCGGCGACGAAAUGGCAAUGGCGCUACGCAAGUCCCACCAGCGUGAAGAAGGGACGGAUGUUCUUGCUAACGGCUCGACCAUUCUGCCGGAACAAAAGGCCGUGUUCAUGCGCGGCCACGGGUACACGACGUGGGCCGAGAGUCUCGUGGAUGUGGUGUGGCGCGCCAUACACAUCCGUCGGGAUGCAGAGAUACAGACUGCGGCCAUGGCGCAACGGGACGCCACCGAGCUCGAGAUCGUCUACCUCACGGAGCAGGAGGCCCUGGAUUGCGAACGCACCAUCAAUCAUGCGGAUAGGUCACAGUGGCAAGCGUGGGUAGCGCAGGCAGAGAGGUCAGGCAUGUACAGGAAUGAUGAGGUGCGCUCGCAGUCGAGUGGGAGUUGAAAAAGGUCCUCUCAUCCCAAGGUGGAAUACAACAUGGCUAAUUCAGGACCAUGAUCCGGUCAUACACUAAAAAUCACUUUUGUAUUAUCUUAUAUCGGUCUAAUGGGUAUAUAUAAAUCAAAUGCCACACGAGUGCGCUUUAACAGACCGUCUUCCAAACCUUCUUGUACCAGGGCCAAGCGGCUUGAAUCUUCCGCUCCUCUUCCAGGAUCUCCU